AUGGGCAUUAAGUUCCUCUGGGGUGAGGUUACUGAGCUCGACGGUGAGAAGCAGAUCGCUCAUGUCAAGCCUAUGUUCUCUGAUCAUACCGAGGAGGUCGCCUUUGACUACUGCGUCAUCGCCGCCGGUUGCACUUUCGGUCUCUUCUCGAAGUGGGGUGAGUCUCUCUGGGCCCCUACUGUGAAUGAGGGUGCUAUUGCUGAGUCCGAGUGGAAGCAUAUCGAUGAGCGUUUCAUUGAGGGUCGCCGUCGUCAUAUCUUCGAGGAGCACGAGAAGCUUGCAGCCCUCAACAAGAAGAAGGCCAACGUCCUCGUCGUCGGUGCCGGUUUCAUUGGUGUCGAGUGGGUCACUGAGCUUCAGCACUACUUCCCCAACCUCAAGCUCACCAUCAUGGACUUCCUUCCUAAGUGCCUUGGACCCCUCCCUCAGAACGCCGCUAGCUACUGCGACAAGUACAUGAAGGAGCAUGGAAUCAAGUGCUACUAUGGCAUGAAGUAUGCUCCUAAGGAGGAGGGCUUCUGGGAGAAGAUCGGGCUCACUGGCGAGCCUGACUGCACUUUCGUGUGCAUCGGCACUAAGGCUUCCAACUGGUUCAUGCCCAAGGAGUGCUUGACUGGCUAUAACCCCUUGGAGGAGGACAAGAAGGAGAAGGACCCCAAGAAGCGUGGCCCCGGUGGCGGAGGAUGGAUUCACGUCAACAAGCACUUGCAGGUCUACAAGGUCAACGAGGAUGGUUCUCAAUCCCUCUGGGGUAACGGUCACAUCUUCGCCAUUG